GAUCAUCUCAUGUGUCAGUUUACCGCACCAGUGGAAACGCACCCACCGUGGCUUUCUGGGAUGCUGGAUCUCGGAAAACCGAGUAGACUCUAUCUUGCAGGACAGGUGCAGGCCGCCAAGUGGAACACCCUAAGGGACGAUGGAUCCCAAUGGGCUGAUUGUCCGUUCGCCAAACUCCUAAAAAUGGCGCUAAGCGCCGAACUAGUUAGUAAUUCACCAGCUGUGCUUUCAGGUUCCCAAGCAUUCCGGCCAUGUUCUCGCCACACUUUAGUCCCACGAUAUGCACGAGGGAAUCCGAUGCGUUUCAGGUCCGGAGGCAUCGACCGGUUAGGAAAGGUUUCAUCCGAGGUCAGAGGAGAAGCAAAACAUCAUGGAUACUCCCUGACUCACUCUGUCAAUUGAGUUUUCAGGGACCCUACGUUUGCCUCGAUGAUGACGGGGAUGAACUCCGCGAAAGCCACACUUUCCCAGCUCAGCCACACCCCGGCCACGGUUCCCGGAGACCAGCUGAAGACAUCCUGAUUGACAGCCUCAGGCGAAUCUCCUUCCCGCUCACAGCAUUGCUGUCACGUCUGCCCAACUGGCUCGGCUCCGGUGGCGAAUCCUAUCUGCAAUGCACAUUCGACUACGUCAAGAGAUGGCCCCAGGGCAUGCAAGACAGCUAUCCACUCAGCCUUCCGUAUCCUCGCUCAUUCCCUCCGACGGUGCUUCGCGCUUGCAUAGCGCUCACUAACUGCACUCCUUGCAGAUUGUCACGUCUCAGAUACUGUGGAGACACAGAGAGCUUGCAGGUUGUGUAAUCUCUGCUCGAACCCAUCACAAUCCCCCAUGUCAAAUCUAAUUCAUACCGAGAUCCUGGAUCCUGCACGUUGCCACAGACCUGGAGAAGUUCAGGCGAAUCAUCGUCCUCCGUCUACUGUUUGUCU